AUGGAAGAUGUGCUAACAGAGAAUCCUCCACCUUCAAGAUUCUUCCAAGAAGAUCUCAACAACUUCGUUCCACCACCAGAGCCCCUUCCAUCUCCUUUCAUCGUCUUCUCAAACCCGAAACCGAAACUCCCUCUCCGACCAUCACUACUCAUCGUAGCCGUAUCUUCACCGUCCCUCUACGUCCUCCACAAUCUACCUUCAAAGACUCUCCUCGGAACUCUCAUCCUCCCUGAAGUCCCCUUCUCCGGAAACACCAUCGAACCGUCUCUAGAAGACAAAUCCUGCAACAUAUACUCCUACGAUGACAAAAACUCCAUCCUCCUCGUCUCUGUUCAGCUUCCUGUAUCUCCCGAACGGUCCAACAUAGUCUCGAGGUUGCUCAUCGGUCAAGACAUUGUUCCCGAGCGGGUUGUGAUCCUAGACUCCAUUCAGAGCCGUAACUUCAGAGGUAGACUCUCACCAGACGAAACAUUGGCUGCUAAACUCGAGACAUCAGCUGAGAAGAAAGCAACGACGACGUCUCGUGUGAAUCUUGAUUACUUCCCAUCAGGGAGUGUCAUUGACGGUUUGAGUGCUUCGCUUUUGAGCCGGUGUCAGAUCAAGAACAUCAGAGGAACGUUGGUGAUCUCGUGGCCUGAGUUUGGUCCUUCUGUGAUAAGAUUUGUUGGAGCUCUGCUGAAGAACAUUAUCCCAGGUUUGGAUGUUGCGAGUGUGAACAAAGAUCUUGACAAGUACUCUUCAAGAACUGGUGUCAAGAAGGAUGCUUGGCUUGACUCUGAUCUUUAUACAUGA